AGUUUCAGGCGGAUGUUAAUAAUUUGUUAAAAAGCGAUCUGUACCAGGGACUAAACUUACAGCAUUAUUCCAACGAAGAAGAGAUUAAAUCGAUAGUUACUCGAUUAUAAUAACGCGCCAAAACAGCCAAAAUAGUUGUUUAUUUUUCAAACUACUAUAAUCAGGAUUAGCUUAUUACACUCUUGGUAUCCAGGAAAUUAUUUUAUGAACGAAAAUAGUGUACAUAACAUUUAUUUUUUAUAUUGUUAGCUAUUCUAUGUACAAUGAAGUGUAUUAUUCCUGAAAUUUCCUGGCAUAAUAGAGAUCCUGUAUUAAGUAUUGAUAUUCAAGUAAAAAAAGAAAGUGAAAAUUUGUAUAGACUGUCAACAGGUGGAACUGAUUCUCACGUUUUGAUAUGGCAUAUGCUUCCUCAGAAUGAUGGAUCUUUCAAACUAGAAUGUGUUUGUGAUCUCACUCGUCACAUAAAAGCUGUGAAUGUUGUAAAGUUCUCUCCUUCUGGUGAAUUUCUUGCAUCUGGUGAUGAUGAAUCAGCUAUUAUCAUUUGGAAGAUGAAGACAGAUCAAGAUGCUCCAGAUCUUGAUGAUGAGCCAGUAGAAAGCAGAGAAGUGUGGAUACAGGUAAAAGUUUUAAGAGGACAUCUCAAUGAUAUCUAUGAUCUAUCAUGGUCUCCAGACUCUUCACACCUACUUUCAGGAUCUGUUGAUAAUACUGCGAUAAUUUGGGAUGUUGUUAGAGGGAAGAAGACAGCUAUCCUACCAGAAGCAAAAAACUUUGUACAAGGUGUUUCAUGGGAUCCAGAAAACAAAUAUGUGGCUACCUUAAGUAGUGAUGGAAAAUGUCGUAUUUACAAUUGGAGGACGCAUAAGUUGUGUGCCAGCAUAUGUAAGGGUAGAUCUCCAGGAGCUCCCUUGGAUACUAAACCAUCUCGAUUUUACCAUGAUGAUACUUUAAAAACAUUCUUCCGGCGAUUAGACUGGUCUCCAUCAGGAUGGCUUUUGGCUACACCAUGUGGUGUUAUCGAGCCUGUAGAUGGCAAUGGAAAGCCUCAGUGUGUUACCUGGCUGCUUUCAAGGAAACAACCUAGCUGGUACGAGAAGUGACGCCAAAACUUAAUGAAUUACUUGAGUUUUUAUUAUUCUGGUUUAAAUAUUAUCCUUGUCUUAUUUGACACCGAACUUUCUGCUAUGUUUAGUUAAAAAUUUUAUUUCUAUACUCAAAUAUUUCAAAUUCAAAAUAAUAAAAUUAACAUUAUAUUCGAACCAUUAUGAUCACACAGUAAUUGUGAUCUUAAGAUCAUGAGUUUAAGUCCCAUUUUUUGAUUCAUAGUAUGACUGGUCACUAUAGAAAGUUAGACCAAUAACUCCUUGAUUUGGGGAAUUUCAAUAACCAAUAACGUGCAAAUCUGUCUGGCAAAAAUAAAUUAUAAUAAAAGUGUAUAGUCAAUUGAUUUCUAAUCCUUUAACGUAUAGUUUGAAACAAAAGAUGUUCAAAAGUUAAAAAUAUCUUCCACUAGUAAAGUUUUAAACCAUUUUAAUGUUGUGUAUCAUAUUUUUGCCAUAGAAGAUUUUAUCUAUAUCCUAUCUGUCUAUUAGUUUUUGUUCUGUACAAUUAUAUUUUGUAAUUAGUUUGUUUUAUUUAUAAUCUUUAAGAGAAAAUUUAAUCUAAAAUAUUUUGUUUAAAUUAAUGUGUUGUUUUUUCACAGCCCCGUUUUAUAUUAUCCUGGAUUCAAUCAAGCGUCCAUGAUAUGCCGAUGGUCGCCUAUAAGGUACUGCCUUCGAGAGGGUGAAAAACCUGUCAUAGGCCUGCCUUACCGUAUGGUGUUAGCUGUGGCUACUAAGUCGUCAAUUAUAAUAUAUGAUACUCAGCAUGCUGUUCCUAUUGGAUUAAUAUCGAACAUUCAUUAUACAAAACUAACCGAUAUGGCUUGGUCAUCUGAUGGGCUUGUGUUGCUUGCAUCUUCAACUGAUGGCUACUGUUCUGUUAUAACUUUUGCCCCUGAUCCUGCCCAAAAAUCUUCAUUUAGUGUUCAGACUAGUGUUGCAGAGCUAUUGAUCUUUGUGGAUACUGAGCAAAGCCCCGUUUGGCCAAAUCUUCUUUUGGAUCUAUGUAAGGCUGAUUUCUUAUUGGACUGUUAUAAAGAGACGUUUCCAUCGAGUGAGUCUGUCGGGUGCUCCGGCCCACCACCUCAGGAGCACCUGACAGCCUCACUCGAUCGAAACGUCUCUUUAUAA